AUGGCGCCAGCUAGUUGCCGUAGGAGCGGCCAUCGUCUACGCGGCAAGAGCAGCUAUCGCCUGAAAGUAGGCAAUCGGAUCGGCCGACCAGAGUCGGAUCGGUGCAGACGAGCCGGCACAGCAAGCGGUCAACCAACAACAGCCUGCAUCAUUAUUCCCCAGUCUAGAGCUGUGCUACCCAAUUUAGAUACACCUUCCAACAUUAGCAAGUGCCGAUUUCCUCAACCCACCGCUCCACCCUCGUCCUCGCCCUCGCCCUCGCCCUCGCCCUCACCUUUGCCUUCGCCCUGCUGCAAUCUCGCCAACACGUGCCGCUCUGUUGUGAUACGAUAA